UGUUUCCACAUGUAAGGACCUGGAGCUCCUCCUCCCCCCCCCACACCGUGUGGACAGAAAGCUUAUCCAGCAGCAGCAGCGAGGCAGGAACACUCGAGGCAGCAGCACCUAACUUACCUUUUAUAGAAUCUGAUGACAGAGUUGAUCCAGGACGGAUCCUUCUGAGGGACAUUCAAAGUGGAGACGGUUCAUAUGAGGACAUCAGCUUUACGGGCUUUUUAAAUAUAAACUCCUGCUUCGUUUUCUCUCAAAUAUAAAGUUGUGCAUGACUCGGUGACGCUGAAAGAAGAUGCACAUGCUCCCCACUGAGCACGGAGAGGCGCCUAUCCUGCAGGGUCUGUGGGAGUCGGUGAGAGCAGGGCAGGAGGAGAUCCUGCUCUCCCCUUACCUGCCUGCGUCCUACGCCUUCCUGACGCACGUCCUGCUCUGCGCACCUUUCCUCGCGCUUGACGCGCUGGGGAGCGUCUGUCAGCGGGUGCGCUCGUGGAGGGUCUCCGCAGGCUCGGGCCCGCCGCCCCCUCUCCGGCGCUGGUUGGACUGUUUCUGGAGGGUUCUGUACAGAUACCUGACCACCGUGCUCCCCGCCACCGCGCUGCUCCACGGGCUGCGCGGCCCCGCGCGGCUGCCGCUGCUGGCUCCAUCCUGCCCCCAGCUGUUUGUAGAAGUGUUCGCGUGUUUGCUGCUGUUUGACACGCUCUUCUUUAUAUGGCACGUGACCAUGCACAGGUUCCCUCGGCUCUACCGCAGCACCCACCAACAGCACCACCUUCACCGCGUCACCUUCGCUCUGGCCGCUCAGGACAGCAGCGCUGCGGAGCUCCUGUCCCUGCUGCUGCUGGCUCUGAGCAGCGCCUGGGUGGUGGGCUGCCACCCGCUGAGCGAAGCCUUCUUCCACAUGGUCAACAGCUGGCUGGCGGUGGAGGACCACUGUGGUUACGACCUGCCCUGGGCUCUGCACAGACUGCUUCCCUGUCUGGGAGGAGCCCCCUGCCACCAAGCCCACCAUACUCUCCACAGCGUCAACUACGCCCCCUACUUCACCCACUGGGACCUCCUCUUCGGCACGUACCGGGCACCAGUGCGGACUUCAUGUCCAGCGUGACAGAAACUGUUGCGUGUGGCAAACGGAGGAUUGCUCAAGUUCCAGUGUCAGGAUACAAUGAAGGAUGUUUUCCGGUCAGCUCUUCAUACGCACACUUGAUGAGAGACAUGUCAUCCAUCUUUAGUCUCACAUCCUCCAGUAGCAGGACAUGUGGAGAGAUGUGACCACAAAAUGACUUUUAUAAUAAAAAGAUUGAAAUCUGUCAACAAGACUUCAUGUGACUUUAACACCAAUGAUAAGAGACUUCACCUGAGCCUUCUGAUACCUUCCCCAAAGUGUGACACCAAUCAAUUCAUGUCCUGAAUAACUCCAAACUAAUCGACACCUCCAGGUCCGCUCAGAUCCACUUUGUCUGAGCCGACAGCAUCCAAUCAAGUUCAGGAGAAAACCAUCAACUAGGGUUACUUACAGAAAGGAUUAUACAAAAGAUCAUUUCAAAAACUAUGCGGUGGUCAACAAAACACGAAUUGCAGUACGCAAAGCAGGGGGGGGGGGGACAAAAUGGCAUUAGAGUUGUUUAGGACUUUAGGAUUUACGUGCAAAGACUAAUCACGUUACGUUACAUUUUACAAUAAGUGCAAACAACCAUGAGGUCACAAACUCCAAACAGCAAGAAUCUGGCAGCUACAUCAGCUUCAACCAUUUUAACUGCUACAUACAGAUAUAUUCUAUUUUAUUUUAAUUAUUGGCCGAGGUGCAGUCGAAACAGGUGAGUUUUCAGUGUGCGACGGAAGGUGUGAAGACUUCCUGCUGACUGGGUGAUAUUCUGCUAUUUAAAAACAGGAUGUCCAGUGACGGCCUAGUCUCUGACCAGUCAGGGGGCUGCAGUGUUUUAGCUCCACUUUUAGUCUCAUGGAAAGACAUGGUGCAGUGUUUACAGUGUGAAAACAAUCAAUGGCAUUUUAAUGCUCAUUUCUACAGCUGCUCUGUGUGAAGUGAAUGCAUCACGAGACAGUGCGGGGACGACUCAAUAAAUCAAGACUGUGAAACAAUGAA